UGAACUUGAGAAUGCACAUGAACGCAUAAACCGCGCGUGUGAAUUGCGAAUUGUCGUCAACGUAAUUUGCAACCAGUGAACGAUUUACGAUAACGCGCGCGCUCGCGGCAGUAAUAUUCAAAUAAAACGUAAUAAGUAUUACUUUAGUGUACAAGUACAAUGUGAUACCAAGUGGGGGCUACUGUAAGUGUAUUCGUGUAUGUAUUCAAGCACGAAACAAGGCUUCGCGAUCGAAAAAACGUGCACACAGUCGACCCGCGCGUGUUCCGACGGACUGUCGUAGAUUUUUGCCGUUCCUUUCCGUUAAUUAAUAACCCAGUGCCAUCAAAUCAACCAUCAUGCUGUCGCUACCUAGAAAUCAGGCAACGCAGCUUGCCAAUGUUCUUCGUAAAUAUUCCUCGAAUGUCGCACCAACAACGAAACUCUUCAUCAAUGGCGAAUUUAAAGAUUCCAAGGCUACGGAAUGGGUGGAUCUGCACAAUCCGGCCACCAACGAGGUUGUUACCAAAGUCCCUUUGUCCACAAAGGCUGAAAUGGACUCUGCGGUCGAGUCCGCAAAGGAAGCGUAUAAAUCCUGGAGACAGACUUCGGUCUUGUCCCGUCAGCAACUCAUGUUGAAGCUGCAGGCUGUGAUUCGUAGAGAUAUGAAGAAGUUGGCAGCAAAUAUCACCACAGAACAAGGCAAGACCUUGGCUGAUGCCGAGGGAGAUGUUCUCAGAGGAUUACAGGUGGUUGAACAUGCAUGCGCUGCUGGUACCCUCCUCCAAGGUGAAUCCCUCCAAAACAUUGCCAAAGAUAUGGAUAUUGUGUCUUACAAACUACCACUUGGUGUGACAGCUGGUAUUUGCCCGUUUAACUUCCCGGCCAUGAUUCCAUUAUGGAUGUUUCCAAUGGCGUUGAUUGCCGGUAACACCAUGGUUGUUAAACCCUCUGAACGCGACCCUGGUGCGACCAUGAUGAUCAUGGAAUUGCUUCAGGAAGUUGGCGCUCCUCCUGGCGUUGUUAACGUCAUUCACGGUACACACGACUCUGUAAACUUUAUCUGUGACAAUAAAGACAUCAAGGCAAUCAGUUUUGUCGGGUCUGACCGCGCUGGAAAGUACAUCUACGAACGCGGAGCAGCUAACGGUAAAAGAGUACAGUCUAACUUGGGUGCUAAGAACCAUGCCGUUAUCUUGCCCGAUGCCAACAAAGAAGCUACUAUUGAACAACUUGUGGGUGCUGGUUUUGGCGCUGCUGGUCAACGUUGCAUGGCUUUAAGCGUUGCCAUCUUAGUGGGAGAGGCUAAGAACUGGCUUCCUGACCUGAUUGCGCGUGCUUCCCAACUCAAAGUAAACGCUGGGCACGAACCUGGAACUGAUGUGGGCCCAGUAAUCACCCCACAAGCUAAAGAAAGAAUUCAUCAAUUGAUUGAGGCUGGUAUUAAACAAGGUGCCAAAUGUCCCUUGGACGGUCGCAAUAUUAAAGUCCCUGGCUAUCCUAACGGCAACUUUGUCGGACCUACCAUUCUCACAGACGUUCAAGUCAACCAAGACUGCUAUAAAGAGGAGAUCUUUGGCCCAGUGCUGUCGGUUAUGACUGCCGAUACAUUAGAGCAAGCAAUUGAAAUGAUUAAUGCCAAUCCUUACGGAAACGGUACCGCGAUCUUUACUAGCAAUGGUAGUCACGCGCGGCAAUUUGUAAACGAAAUCGAUGUCGGCCAGGUCGGUGUCAACGUACCCAUCCCAGUUCCGUUGCCCAUGUUCAGUUUCACAGGAUCAAGGGGUAGUUUCUUGGGAGAUUUGCAUUUCUACGGUAAACAGGGGCUCAAUUUCUACACACAAACUAAAACUAUCACAUCACUGUGGCGCAAAGGAAAAGCAGUGGCUAAGCCAUCUGUUUCAAUGCCAGUUCAUAACUAAUUCACAUGAAAACCGAAUUGAAAAUUGAUGAAAACGCGAAUUUGUGUUACCGCAACACAAUAAUUAAUUGAAUAAAGUAUUUGAUAUUUUGUUGGUCAAAUGAGUGAAUGUUCAAAUUCACUUAUUUAAAAAUGAAUAUGAUUCCAAAAUAAAUGAUAUUGAAUGUUUGUAUUAUCAGA